AAAUAUAAUCACCGGAAGUAGUCCGAGUGAAGUAAUCGUCUGUUUAUGAAUUAUAUCUCAGUACCGUACGCAGACCCAAAGUAACAACUUAAAAUCCACAUUAUGGCAAAUAUUGCCGCAGCAAGGAUACAGAGGGAAUUCAAGGAAGUUGUUAAGAGUGAAGAGGUGGCGAAAUGCAGCAUUAAAGUGGAUCUUGUAAAUGACUCCUAUAGUGAGCUGAGAGGAGAAAUAGCAGGACCCCCAGAUACUCCCUAUCAGGGAGGGAAUUUUCAUCUGGAAAUAAAAAUACCAGAAACUUAUCCUUUUAAUCCCCCAAAGGUGAAGUUUCUAACAAAGAUAUGGCAUCCAAAUAUCAGUUCUGUAACCGGAGCUAUUUGUUUAGAUAUCUUAAAAGACCAAUGGGCUGCUGCCAUGACACUUCGGACCGUCCUUCUUUCUCUACAGGCCUUGUUGGCCGCGGCGGAACCCGAUGAUCCACAAGAUGCAGUUGUAGCUAAGCAAUAUAAAGAAAAUAAUGAUAUCUUCAGGAAAACUGCUAGGCAUUGGACAUUUGCAUACGCUGGAGGUCCACAGAGGGAGUAUGAUAUUGAAGCCAAGAUACAACAAGUAAUGAGCAUGGGGUUUGAUGAGCACAAGGCCAGAGUAGCUCUAUCAUCGCAUAACUGGGACAUAGAACGAGCGACAGAAUUCUUACUAAGUUAAUGCCAUUAGUGGUCAUAUUCGAAGGAGAAUUACAAGAAAGUGAUGAGGGCAGAUGUGUGAUACGAAGCCAGAAUAAAAUAUCAGCACGACUCUCGUCGGUAGAAACGCUGCUUCUAAGUCAUCCAUCAUUUUUCACAACACUGUACAUUGAUCAUGAUUUUAUAUCACAUUUUCAUAAGAUCACAUUUUUGUAAAUUGAUGACUUUGUGAAUGUGGAAGCGAUACUAGAGAUAUUAUCUUCUGAUUUGACGUGUAAUACAAACAAAUGUUAACUCGUGAGGAGGGACAACUCCGAUUUCUCAAUUAUUUGGGUAAUGUUGAAAGUCUUUGAUAAUUAAUAUACAUUGCAUUCUAAUCCACAACAAAAACUACAUGGGUGAUUGAAAACAGUAUACGUGUAUGUACGUUGUAUUUGUUACAGUUAAAACCUUAUUAGGUACACAUGAUGUGUAUUGAUAUGUAUAUAUAAAUAUAUAUAUGCGAGUGUGUGUGUAAAAUAUACCUGUAUAUCCAUAUUGACAAAACAUUUCUUUUCAGUAAGAACUUUGGGAAAUAUACUAGUAGAGCAGGUUUUGCAAAAAUUCUGAAAUUAAUUUACAGAGCAAGCACAGUGCACACUAUUUUCAAACAAUUCAAGCAUAAAGUUUUAUCGACCAGUUAUAUUAUGAAUUGGAUUACUUGGACAUUUAAUAUUACCCUUGCUCUUCAGAAUUUCAUUUAUUUUUUAAAACCACAUACAGUUGGUGCUUGUAGAUAGUUUAACACAGAUAUUUAGUCAGAUUUACGCUGGUUAUACCAAAACUUAAACAAUGUAUAUAUAGAGGCUGUCAUAUCAAUGUAAAAUUUUAAAACUGUAUACAUACCUUGAGAAAAUAAAUACCAGAAUGUUAUUUGUAACAGGGGAAAUGCCACACAAAGAAUAAACAAAAUAGUCUAUUGCUGUGUGAAUUUAGGUUAAUUUUUCAACAGCAUACAAUCUUGUCAUAACUUUUGGUGUAGUAUAUUUUCUACUGAUUACCUUGGUUUACAUGGUACAAGUAUAAACCAGAAUUAUGACUAUCAAUGUAAGGAAUAUAUAGAACUAAAUAGGGUAUGGGCCUAAUCUGGGCCUCUAAAAUGGCUUUUGAUAUUUUUUAAUGCAAACUCUACUACAUUUUAAUGAUUAGUAUGAACAAGCUUUCGGGGUAUGUUAUUUAUAGAAAAUGAUAGUGAUCCCAAAAUAUGACAGAAAUACAUGACUUCUGCUGGAUUUUUCAAUAAUAAAAAAUUGCACUUUGCAUUCCAUUUUCUUGCCUUUUUUCCCCCCCACAAAUGUAAGACAAGAUCACAAAUAUGAUUGAUAUUGUUACUACAAAGGUAUCUCUCAAGAUAAAAAAAGUCAUGUGUACCAGUGUGCUCUUUGUUUUUGAAAUCAAUAACAAGCACUAACAAUAACAGUUUUAGUCCAGAAAUGAGGCAGACAAUAAAGUGCUUCAUUUCUGCCGUCAAAUCACGAAAUUGGGGACAAACAUGUCAUAAAUAUUAUGGUUUUGACUAAAUGAAAUGGGGAAAAAAGUAUAUAAAAUCUUCAAAAAUUCACUUGAAUUUCCCGCUGUAUAUGAACCACAUAGGUCCUUAUCAUACAUAGUUCUUCACAGUCUAAUACUUUUCUGUGGCCUUUUUUAAAGUCUCUCUGAUUUUGUGUAAGUACUGUGUUUGAAGUGAGUUUCAUUGUCAGUAUCUAUACUUAAGAUGACCAUUGUAAACUGAUGUCCAGGGUUGGAAUACAUUUUGUAAUAUACAGCCUAAGCUGCUUGGCAUGUUUAUACAGUAUAUAAGCAAACAUUUUGUUAUGUAUAUUCCAUGAGUGAUAUUUUUCUUGUUUGUGUGUGACAUCUAAUUCAAACUAAAGCUUUUUGAGUCUUUGUUAAGUAUACAAGCUGUGCUUCAGAGAUUUGUGUGAAACUCUGUCAUCAUUAGUUGUGCUUUUGCUCAAUUUUUCAGUCAGGAAGACAGACAGAAAUAAUUAUACUUGUGAAAAAGGUGAUUUUUUUUUUAUAUAGAUAUGGAGAUCAGUGAUAUAUAUAUAUAUUGAUAAAACAUUUGUUUGUUCAAAAUUCUGAGUAAAUUAUCACCAGAAAUUUCUAUAGUUUUUCAAGAGCACAUUAUGGGGAAAAAAAAUGUUUACUAGGGAGCUGAACAGAAUGUUGCAUGCCUCAUUAAGUAUCUCUUCGUCAUCUCUGUAUUGGUGUGGAUGGGCAGUGAUAAAUACAUUGACUAGAACUUUAUGUACUGCAUAGUCCAAAGAGUAAAAUGUCUGUUGGUCUUUCUCACUGGGUAGGCUGUGCCCUUGCAGGUGUAAAUGCAAUCUGAAGGAAAUAAAAGUUACUUCUUUUUGAAAGGUGAUAAUAUUAAUUAAAGAUGAUAUGCAUUCUUAUGUACUUAUAUCAAUGGAAUUCUUACUUUAGAGUCUGCAGUUUUCACUGAGAUAUGAAAUUUGCUAUUUAUCUGUUGCAUGUGCAUUGUUGGACAGAGUAGUGUUAAUAUGUGAACAUGCCAAUGAGGACAUCCUUAGGCUAAAAUAAAUGCACAUAAAAUAAAGGAAACUAGUGAAUCCAAAUUGUACAUGUGUCAGUGAAUACAUGUAUCUCUCAAUAUUGAAUUUGUAUAUAGUAUGAAAAUUGUGUUUGCCUUUUUUAAAGAAAAUCUUAGAGAAUUAUGUAUUGGUAAAGUUUUUUUCUCACAAUCUUUGUUACUGUCAGAUGUGACUGAGUAAUACUUAUUGUUCAUGAGAUUGUGAUAAUUCAGUUAUCUCUGUCUUUACUGUAAUUAGUCAAAAAUUUGUGUACUCCCAAGAGUAAUGGUAAAAUUAAUGUGAAACAACUACAUGUGAUUUUGGCAGAGUAGAAACAGAUAUCAGUUACAUGGCACAACCUUCACACGAGUCUUACAGGAGACUUUGACAUAUGAACACUACGUACACAUUCCUUCGUAAAUGUUCUUAAUUAUCUGUGUAUUGUGCACCCUUUAAAUCUUGAAGACAGAUAACCACUGAUCUUGUAGAUUUCAUAGAGUCCAGAAUGAUAUGUCCAUGGUGUGAGAGUUUUUCAGAAGUUCAGGUAGACCAUGGUUCACUGUAAACAAGAUGACCGGAAGUUAUGCAAUGUGUAGGGCCGAUACUUCACCUCUUUUGUUUGUUUGAUUGACUAUAGAUAUGUUUGAUUAUUUUAUCUGUGUGCAAAUGAAAGUACAACAUUAAAUCUACAAAUACUUUUA